AUUGUGUAUUAGCCUUGGAGAGCUUUCUGGGAUUUAUCUACUUCAUACUCAUUAUAAUCAACCUUACGAUCUUGAACGUGCCAUUUUCGUCGAAGAAUCGAACUACUGUGGUCAAAUUCGAUCCAGGAAUCGUGUAUGGUUGAUUUUCUACCAGUAUACAUUGUUUUACACUAAGAUAAUCUUUGGAACUGCCUGCACUCGAGCUUUAUGAUAUAGAAUACUUAUUUCAUCUCCUCUCAACGACAACACUUGAUUCAAAUCCGGGAUAUCGAGACGUCUCUUGAUCAUUCGACCCUCAAACUUAGCGAAAUUUCCUAGACCUCUCUCUUUUCCUACUGAGAAAGGCGAGUUUCUUCUAUUGACUGCUCAAAAACACUCUAUUCUCUCCAUCAAGGUUCUCUUUAUCUCUUCAGAGUUGAAAAACUAAGAGAGCCUCUAGAGCAGAACGUUACUCAAUCUUGCGAUCACCCGACCACGCUUGCUUCUGGGUAAACACUACAACGAUACUGAAACUACCUCUGAUUCAUAAUUUAACUUUUUAUUAUCUUGAAUGGGAUGUUUUAACACAAGUCGAGCCUCUCUGAACCUUCUUGUUACUUACCACUCUUGACAAUCUAUCACCGCAACAUACCUUCACAAUAAACCUCGGUUAUCAUAUUCCACAGCAUCUUCCCCUAUCCAACUCACCAUUACGACAAAAUGGGGGGUAAAUUCUGGAGUGCAGAAGAACAGGAAUAUUUUGUCCACGAAGUCAUGACCAAAUCACGUUUUAAUGGUAAAGAUGGCGCAUACAACCCUAACAAAGGUAUGUCAUGGGCGGAUCUCGCAGUCAUGAUGCAGCGUAAUAUGGAUGAAAGAGAGCUAGCUCGUAGACAAUAUACUGGAAACAUGCUUUAUGAGCAUUGGUAUCAGACUGUCAAGAAAGAUUGGGGCGAAGAUCGCGUUAGGAUAUUGGCGGCAAGUGCGAAAGCUGCUCGGCGUGGUGCGGGUCGACAACCGAGAUCAUCUCGAGUCAAGAAAGCCAACCCGAGGGUUGAUACAACAUCACCUCUACCGAUUGCUGCAGAACAAUCCAGAAAACGCACAACAAGCCCUGUAGAACAGCGAAAAGAAGUCAUUGCCCGCCAAAACACCACAGAGUCUUCAGGUUACACUUCCAACCAUUCUUUCAUGACAGACCAUGCUGCUCCUGGAAGACGUUCAGCACACUUUGAAAGCUUAAGCAUAGCUCAGAGACGAUAUUCUAGCCUUCCAACACGCUCCGGUUCCUCAAAAAAUGGCCAUUUUCACCCAUACAAAGCUCCCGAUACAUACCGCCACGCGCGCCCUGAACAUGCGACAACACGUCACUCCUCACGCCAUCUUAGACGUCCCGAAUCUCAACUCCCUCUUCUGACCAUUGACUCGGAAGCUCACACGAGAUCUACUCCUCCAACCGCACCAAGAGUUUGCCACCAACCCCUCAGUCUCCAACCACGCCAACCACUCAUGAUCCGCGAUCCCACCCCCGAAGACGACGAAAACAGUCUCUUCGUAGCGCAAGAUUAUCCCGAAUAUAACCGGAAAAUCUCAGUUCCGCGCCCGAAUACGGAGUUGGAUGCUGCGGUCACCAUGACGAUGUUUCGUCGUCAAGGGAUGCAUGAUUUACGUGGAACUCCUCCUGGUAGAUUCGGCCACUCGGCUGGUUCUCGUACUUUUCAGCAUGCUCAUCCUGAUGCUCAUAGCUAUCAGCGGUAUAUUGAAAACACUACUCCGGCAUUCCGUCUCGGAUCAAUAGUUCCUCGUCUUGAGGCAGUGCGCCGGAGCCAGAAGCAAAAUCGACUAGGUCAAUUGGAGAAAAGUGCCGAGGAUAAUGAAAACGAUGAGGAUAAGUAGCUUUUGAAGAUACUAUGGGCUAAUUUUGAGAAUAUCUGUGGGGUCUUUACGUUGAAUUUAAAUCUUUGAGGUCGUUAUCUAAGCUUCCAGAGCUUAAACAGAGGGUUUGCAUUAUUGGUCUGAGGGACUUUGAAUACACGCAUGAAGGGAGUUUGCGAGGUUUAUUAGAUACUCA